UCGCGACAUUUCACACUUUAUUAGAGAGUUGCAGGAAGAUGGCGCCUGUUGUGACGGGGAAAUUUGGGGAGCUCCCUCAGCCAAAGCGCCUGACCAGAGAGGCGAUGCGUAAUUACCUGAAGGAGAGAGGAGAUCAGACCGUGCUUAUUCUACACGCAAAAGUCGCACAGAAAUCCUACGGCAACGAGAAGAGGUUCUUCUGCCCGCCCCCGUGUGUGUACCUGAUGGGCUGCGGCUGGAAGAAGAAAAAGGAGCAGAUGGAGAGAGAGGGCUGCUCGGAGCAGGAGGCACAGCCCUGCGCCUUCAUCGGCAUCGGGAACAGCGAUCAGGAAAUGCAGCAGCUCAACCUGGAGGGCAAGAACUUCUGCACAGCUAAGACUCUGUACAUCUCAGACUCGGAUAAGAGGAAGCACUUCAUGCUGACGGUGAAGAUGUUCUACGGGAACAGUGCAGAGAUCGGCGUGUUCCUCAGCAAGCGCAUCAAAGUCAUCUCCAAGCCUUCCAAGAAGAAACAGUCUCUGAAGAACGCAGACCUGUGUAUAGCGUCAGGCACUAAAGUGGCUCUGUUUAACCGCUUGCGCUCUCAGACGGUCAGCACUCGGUACCUCCAUGUGGAGGGAGGAAACUUCCACGCCAGCUCUCAGCAGUGGGGCGCGUUCUACAUCCACCUGCUGGAUGACGAUGAGUCUGAGGGAGAGGAGUUUACGGUCAGAGAUGGAUAUAUCCACUACGGUCAGACGGUGAAACUGGUGUGUUCUGUCACGGGCAUGGCUUUACCGCGUCUGGUCAUCCGUAAGGUGGAUAAGCAGACGGCAUUAAUGGAUGCAGACGAUCCUGUGUCUCAGCUACACAAGUGUGCGUUUUACCUGAAAGAUACUGAGCGCAUGUACCUGUGUCUGUCUCAGGAGCGUAUCAUUCAGUUCCAGGCGACGCCGUGCCCCAAAGAGACGAAUAAAGAGAUGAUUAACGACGGCGCGUCGUGGACGAUCAUCAGUACGGAUAAAGCCGAGUACACGUUCUACGAGGGCAUGGGUCCAGUCACACACCCCGUCACACCUGUACCUGUGGUGGAGAGUUUACAGCUGAACGGUGGCGGUGACGUGGCCAUGCUGGAGCUGACGGGACAGAACUUUACUCCGAACCUCAGGGUGUGGUUUGGUGACGUGGAAGCCGACACCAUGUACAGGUGCGGCGAGAGCGUCCUCUGCGUGGUUCCCGAUAUCUCGGCGUUCCGUGAGGGGUGGCGCUGGGUUCGCCAGCCCGUCCAGGUUCCCGUCACGCUGGUGCGCAACGACGGCAUCAUCUAUUCCACGGCGCUCACCUUCACAUACACGCCCGAGCCGGGGCCCCGCCCACACUGCAGUGCCGCCGGAGCCAUCCUGCGCUCAGGCUCCGCCUCUUCACCGUCCUCCUCCUCAUCGUCCUCCUCUUUGUCUUCAUCAUCGUCGUCUUCGUCCGGCCUCGUGCUGCAGUCCAGGAUCGACAGUCAGCCCGGAUACGCGACCGCCACCGGCGUCUCUUCAUCGUCCUCAUCGUCCUCGGCCAUGUCCGUGUCCCAACCUUGUUAAAGGGACAGCAGCGCCACCUGUCGGAUUCUCUUAUAAAGGACAACGAUGUUGCGCAAUAGGAUGAAACUCCGAGACGGCUCUCUGCUUUUACGUUUUUUUUUUUUAAAUUUUUUUAUUCUUUCACGGAACUGAAAUGAGACAAAACUAUUCACAGGUGAAGAAAACGCUCCCGUUCCUCCGCGGAAGGAGAAGAAAAAAAACUAAACCUUAUCACAUAGGAAUAUAGUUUUCAACCAAGGACCAAGGAAUAUUAUUAUUGUUGUUAUUGUUAUUAUUAUUAUUAUUAUUUUUUAUUGAUGUAUAAUUUUAUAAGCUUUAGCUAAAGGUACAUUUUUCACUUUUUUUUUCCUCUCUCAGUUUUAUAACAUUUUUAGUAACCUUUUGUUACCAAAUUGUUUUGUAUAUUUUUUCACGAGCAUUUGUGCUCGGAAGUAUAAAAAAGAAAAAAAAAACAAAACAAAAAAAAGUAGAAGGGUUCAUGUGGAUUUACUCUCAUGAGCUCUUCGUCAUAGCUGCCUUUUAAUCCUCCUCGGCGACUGCCUUAAACCUUUCUCGACUUGUACCAGCGUUUUUAAUUUCUAAUUUUAUUUUUUUAAUACUGUUUUUACAUUGUGCAAAAAUUUCCCUGUUUUUUUUUUUUUUUUUUUAAGUAUUAUUGUGUGUGUGUGUGUGUGUGUGUGCGCGCGAGUGUGUGAGAGAGUUUUGGGAGAUGGUGGCUUUACUCGUUAUUUUCAUUUUUUUAACACAAAAGCUUUAACUUGCUCGUCCUGCCAUCGAGUUACAACCCGCCCUGUGUUAUAAAUUGUUUUGUUGCCUCCCCUUCACAAAUCCGCUUGAGUAAUGCACUUAGACCUCAAGCGAAACGAGGUCACGAUAGUAUCGGAGCUUCCAGGACACGAGUAAAGAGACGUCCGUCCGUCCCUGAUCUGGUCCACACAGACGCUGCGCGAGUCCAGGGGCGUCUGUUAGUGUAUUUAUAAACCCUCGUCUACACGAUCGACUUUCCCCUGAACGUUUACCUCAGCCUGGAGACGGCUUCCUGAGAGGCGUUCUGAAUAAGGGAAGAAAUGUUUUGUGUCUGGAGAGUUUUUUUGGGGGGGACAGACUGAGACCUGAACAGACACUCGAAGUCGAUGAACACCAAGCUUGCUUUAGUGAGAACGCAAAAGUGUUUUGGAUUCUGUAUUUUUUAUUUUUUUUAAAAAUUGGAACAGAUGCGGCUCAGAUCAUUGCAAGUGUAAAACUGUGAAGAUUUAAUUCGGAAUCUUGCAGCAGAACCAUGAUAACAGUUUGCGAAUUUGAACAGAUUAUAAUAGCAGAAAACGUUCCACCAACUUGAGCGGUUUUGCUUUUAUUCGUUUUUUAUUAUUGUCUAGCAGAGGUGGGAGAUAACUGGGUACAGCGGUAUCUCUGCAUACAGGUUUAAUCUGUUAAUUAAUCCGGAGGCGAGUUCUUAAGGUGAAAUUUCAUAUUGUGAAACGCAUUGUCCCAUAGGAAAUAAUGUAAACGCAAAUAAUCCGUUCCAGCCGCCCCAAAAUAUUACAAAUGUUUCCAGUUUCCAACACUAAAAUCAUAUUUUUGCAUAUAAAAACCAUCAAAACAUUUAGAAAAGACACGUAAAUGAAGUAAAAUAUCUAGACAUUAAAGCUCACCUAACCUUAAUUUAUGAUUCCUCCCGGCACCGACCGGCUUUACAAACCAAACUAAAAGCAGCUCUCUUUUCUUCUCGCUACCAUCCUUGAUAACAUUUUCGAGACUCCUGGUGCUAUAUCCUGCCAAAAAAUGCACCCACAUUUGACUUUUCACUGAUGCAGACGUGUUUUUAUCCAGUUCUUAAGGCGGAAAUUCAUGUUUUUAUCUUGAGGUACUGCUGUACAUGUACCUCUGUUACUGUACUUAAGUACAUACUUCAUACUUUUAUUAGAUGAUACUUUUUACUUUCACUUUGCUACAUAGUACAUCAAAUACCUGUACUUGUACUUAACCACGUUUCACAGUCGCCCGAAUCCCAGCGUUUAAUCUUUAAACCAGAAGUUUGUUUGAAUUGCAAACGAACAGCGUGAUGGUGUGUGAAUGGAGACGGGAAUUCCCAGUGAAAACCGUCAUGUCUAAUGUGUGUAGACUCCGGUUCAGUCUCUGCCUUUAUAAGUCUUAGGUUAGUCUAUAGACGCGCUUUAGACCGAGCCUCCUGCUCUUGUUUUAAUCUUUGUUUUUCUGUCAUGUUCUUGUCCGUCCAUGUGCUCUUCGGUCUGUGUGUGUGUGCCACCUUAUGUUCAGCUAUGUGUCCAGAACCUCUGCACUUUCUUACUCUUUAUUGACUCACUGUUUGUUUGUUUUUUCUGGCAGCUGAAACGAGCCCUUUGUGCCUACGUGAACUCUACACCCUCUUACUAGUGGCCGCCCCAAUCUCGUAUCUCAUCACCACUCUCAAACUCGUACCGAACCUAAAGGUCAAUGUUUCUAAAGGUCAUGACUCGUUUAUUUCAGUGUUAUUUGGUCCAGCUGUGGUUGAGUAGGGUUCCUGACACGCCUUGUCCACUAAUCCCUCCCCAAGAUGCCCAUGGAACUUAUCGGAGACGUCAUUCUGCCUGUCCGGCACUUUUAAAAGGAAAUGCGCUUCUCCUGUUGUAGCGUAUAAAGUGUAAAUGUGCAGCGAAACAUUUCAAAUCUACCGUUUUAUACCUCUAACUUUGUACCUGUUGCUAGUUAGCGGUGAUUAGUCUUCCGAAGGAGCGUCAAGCAGCCGAUUAGCAAGGUGUCUCGCUAACUUUGUCCACAACCAAAACUCGUUAUGGAGCUAGGUGGUGAUUUUUUUUCCCCCACUUUUUCUGUUUUAUUUUUUUUUUAAACCCACAUUUACUUUCAAAACAUCUACAUACAGACUUCAAGGGGUGGAGCCUAAGAACAAGGCACAGCAGCCUUUCUAUACAUCCUUUAUAGAUGACAGGAAGUCCCAGGUGCAUCUUAAACCCAAUCGGGACACAAGUCCAAAGAGCUGGGUGUGGUCAGAGGAGGAGACUUACCUGUAUGUGUGUUUAAAAAAAAAAAAAAAAAUUAUUAUUAUUUGUCAGCUAGUUAAAUUUGCUACGUAGCUCCUGGACGCGAACCUAAUCGACUACGAGUAGAUUAAAAGAGACUGAAUGACCUUCAUCAAGGUCGUGCUGAAUUUUUUUUCUAUUUAACGAGAAUUAUUUCCUCACUUUGUCCACUGUGCUUGCCUUAACGAUCCACCAUGAGCGAAACAGUUCUCCUAAAAAUAUAAAAACGCAGUUUGCCAAAACAUUGCCACUUCUCGCCGAGCUCAAACAGACGUGUCCAAAACCUGUCGCCUUGGAUCGGUCUUAAAUGUGUGUACUGUGUGUGUGUGUGUGUGUGUGUGCGUGCUGUAAGCCAAGAUUCCAGACUGUUUGUGCUCUUUCCACUCAGGAGGUUACGAGUGCUAACGCUCCGGAGGGCUAGUGCACGUGUAGCCUCACUGAAAAUAAAUAAAUGUAACGGAUGCAAUACACGUCAAUAUCAGCGUCAAAAAAGAAAGAAGGGGCUGUGUUUUAAUUUUCGGAUCCACUUUGGGGGCGGUUCUGUCGCUUUAUCCCCUCGUGCGAGUGGAAGAGGGGUCGAGUCGACGUCAGUGGAGCAAUAAAAUACUUAACAGAUGAA